GAUGUAUUAUAGUGUUCUUACGUCAGGCGGGCGCUUCAUAGCCUUCUUUUAACCUUUUGCAGCAGCGGGCCGCCUCUUCAUUUUGACUCCACAGUCAUGGAGAUUUUGGGUGCAUCUAUAUAUAUAUAUAUAACAAGAUCAUGCGAUGAUAUUAUUUACAUGAAAUAAUAUCUUAUGUUAUCCGUAUAUAUAUACAUCCACACUUACCAUAAUUUCUUCUUGUAAUUUACUCCCAUCGAUCAAAAACAAGAAGAAGAAGAAAAAACACCAUCCGCCUCUUCUCGAUCUCGUUCGUCAUCAUGGACGGAUAUUAUUAUGAUGAGAAUAAUUCUUCGUUUGCUCCGUUUUUAUCGUUGAAAUCUGAGAAUUCGAGAUCGAUGAUGGAAGAAUCCAGAAGAGUUGUGGAGAAGACGACGAAGGAGGAGAAGAAGAAGAAGGCGAGGGGACAGAGAUAUGCUUUCCAGACAAGAAGCCAAGUGGAUAUACUUGAUGAUGGUUAUAGAUGGAGAAAGUACGGCCAAAAAGCCGUCAAGAACAACAAAUUCCCUAGGAGUUACUAUAGAUGCACGUACAAAGGAUGCAACGUGAAGAAGCAGGUACAGAGGCUAACGACGGAUGAAGGAGUGGUGGUGACAACCUACGAAGGUGUCCAUUCGCAUCCACUCGAGAAAUCCACCGACAAUUUCGAGCAUAUUUUGAGUCAGAUGCAAAUCUACGCUUCUUAUUAAUUUGCAGCCUUGAAUUAAACACGUGCGAAUAAACUUAGAACCAUGUCAGAUCAUUUUGUUUUAUUUGUUUUCUGUCCGUGCUCCAAUAAAUUCAGAUUAUUUGCGUUUUUA